AUGUCCCUGGUUCGUAACCUUGCUCUUGAUACCACUGUUAAACCUAGUCAAUACUUAGGCCCAAAUUGUCAACGUUUACCACACCCCCUUUCUGUAUACACCAAACCCGAUAAACAAAAAAACUCUCACCGUUUCACUGCGCUACUAGGGUUCCAGAAUUUCCACCGUCACAGCAUCACCAUGUUACACGUGGUGGAGCCGAGGAGUAAUGGAAGGCAUGGGUUGAACGUCCACCACAAUACUGUGGUAGGUGGGUCCCACUUUCAAAAGCGAAAAGACCGUGGAGUUUGUCCCUUACGUGAGCCUUGGGACCCACCAGUUCCCACUUUUCUCUCCGGUUACCUUCCAUUAUUGGAAAGGCUAGUGGGUCCCGCUUUCGCUACAAGAUGGUUUCUCGUCGUGACGCGUGGCGAUGGCACCCUGCUGGAUGGUCUGGAUUGGGUCCCACAUGAUCAAAUCCUCGCGUAG